AUGACUUGGCGGAUAUUUCUAAUGGCCUUCAAGGCCCGUGGGGUGUUUGUGGUGACUUCAAUGCCAUCACUGCAACUGCAGAAAGAAGGAGCAGGGGAGCCUUUGACAGACACAGUGCUAGAGAAUUCUGUGAUGCGAUUGAGAACGCCACUUAAAUCCUGGAACAAAGAGCACUUUGGAGAUAUUUUUGAGAGGCUAAAGGCGGCAGAAACUAAAGUGGCAGCCUUAGAUCUUCAACUCCAGCUGUCAAAUUCUAGCCAGGGAAACGACAUGAACCUGCAUCUCAAAUUUCAGGAGGCGUCUGAGCAACUAAACCAGUGGGAGACAAAACAUGAAAUCUUCUGGAAACAGAAGUCCAGAGUCCUCUCCCGCCGUCGAUGGCUCUUUCCAUGCUCCCCAACGACAUCUAUGAUCAUAUGUACUAGCACAGAUUCUGCGUCUCAACAGGUCCAGAUUAUCCUCUUUGGCCCUUCACUUCUUCAGAAAAUCCUCCACAAUGCUAUUCCUGUGGAGAAAACAAUCCAAUCUAAAGGAGUUUCUCUUGCUUCUAAGUGCGGCUGCUACAGGGAUGACUCUGAGCAGGGCCUAGCCGAAGAGUCCGUGUCUCAUCUCUUCCUGAACGGUCAACAGGCCUCAUCAGUCUGGGAUUUUUUUGGAGUGCAGGCUAGGAUUUCCAUCAUGCAGGCGACAACAGUGGAAGCAAGAAUUAGGCAGUGGAGGCGGGCCUGCGCUGACAGCAGAGGUAUGUUGGUUAGCAAGCUUCUCACACUAACCUUUAUUCUUUGGGAGCUGUGGAAAUCCAGGAACGGGACCUUUUAUGAUGAAAAAGCUAUAACGAUUCAAUCAGUUAUUGCCAAAGUCUCUUGGUGGCUGAACACCACCAGGACUGUAGACAUUAAAAGGAGGUAUGUGCAGCUGCAUCCACCACAGCAGUCCGUGGUCUUAUGGCAGAAACCCCCUGUAGGUUGGGUGAAAGUUAAUGUUGACGGAUCCUCUAGGGGAAAUCCGGGCUUCGCAGGGGGAGGUGGCAUAUGUAGAAAUGAUAAGGGAGAGUUCAUAUUUGGUUUCGCUUUUGGCUAUAGUGUGAUAUUGAAUAUAGGAGCUGUGGUUUGCGCUGCUCAUGAUGGGCUUCUUCUGUGUUUAGAAAAAGGUUUUUCCAAAAUUGUGGUGGAAUCAGAUUCGGAUCUGGUGAUUAAGGUAUUUAAUAAGGGAGCAAACAUCGGUUGGCAAUGGAAUGGUUGGAGAGUCAAAACGAAUAGUCUGCGGGAUCUCACCUUGGUGGAGUUCAAACACGUGUUCAAGGAAGGAAACGCGUCGGCUGAUGCGCUCACGUGUAAAGGAAGUGUGUCCCGAGCCCAUUUCUUUACUUCCAGUAGGGCGGAUUUGCCUCAGCAAGUGAGGGGUUUACUCUUCCUGGAUAAGGUUGGCCUUGGAGCGAUCAGAGAGAGGAAGAUUUAA